GUGCAAGUUGUCGAUUUCAACUUCUUGAAUUGAACAAGCGCAGAGUCGAACCUAAAUCCGACCGCAUCGACCAUUUCGACCGCAUUCACCAUCACAUCAACCCAAUCCUUCCACAGUUAAUGCGUCCACACGCCAGAAUUUCUGUGCUCGAUCUGGAGCAAAAGGCCUAUAUUCCGCCGAAGCAUUCGUCUCCGACUUGAGGCCGUCGCCACCGUUCGCCGCGACCAUGUUGACAGAAAUUGCUAGCUCCGCCAUGGAGCUCCUCCGUCGGUCGGAUGAAGAGACAGAUCCUGAUGGGACCAACUCGGAAGACAAGGAGUUAUUCGCAUCACGAGCCUUAUUCAUAUCUAUAAUGCUUCUCGUCAUUGCCUUCUUCACGAGUUAUAUGCUACAACAGAAAAAGGUCCAAGCUGUUCAUGAAACAGUAAUUUCCAUCUUUGCUGGGAUGACCGUGGGGUUGAUCCUUAGAGUGACUGCUGGCAACUCUAUUCGACAGCUCGUGAGCUUUGACUACCAGAUCUUCUUCAACCUCUUACUCCCUCCCAUUAUUCUAAACUCGGGAUACGAACUACACCAAGCCAACUUCUUUCGAAAUAUCGGUACCAUAUUAACCUUUGCCUUCGCCGGUACCUUCCUAUCCGCCGUCGUUAUAGGCUUGCUGUUAUGGCUAUACACCCGAAUACCCCUCGAAGGUCUCGACAUGACUUUUGUCGACGCUAUAUCGGUUGGCGCAACUUUAUCGGCCACGGACCCCGUUACAAUCUUAGCCAUUUUCAACGCCUAUAAAGUGGACCCGAAGUUAUAUACCAUUAUUUUUGGCGAAUCCAUUCUGAACGACGCCAUUGCUAUCGUCAUCUUCGACACCGCGCAAAGGUAUGGAACCGAGAAGGCCGGAUCAUAUGGAGUGGCUAGCUUUUUCGAAGGUGUGGGCAUUUUCUUGGCCGUCUUCUUUGGCAGCUUACUUAUCGGCGUCCUCAUCGGUGUUGGAACUGCCCUUACUCUGAAGUUUACAUAUAUCAGAAGGUAUCCUCAAAUUGAGACUUGUGUGAUUGUGUUGAUCGCAUAUGCAAGUUACUUCUUCUCCCAGGGUCUCAAAUUGUCAGGUAUCGUGUCGUUGCUGUUCUGUGGUAUUACCCUUAAACAUUAUGCCUAUUUCAACAUGUCGCGACGAACACAGCUCAGUACCAAGUACUUCUUCCAAAUAUUAGCUCAACUAUCCGAAAAUUUUAUAUUCAUUUAUUUGGGAUUAUCGUUGUUCACAGAUAACGACCUUCAGUUCCAACCUCCUCUGAUCAUUGUUACUAUUAUUGCGGUCUGUGCGGCACGUUGGGUUGCGGUCUUCCCACUAUCGAAGGCUAUUAAUUGGUUCAUUCAUCAUCGAGCGAGACGUCGGGGCAAGGAGGUCAGCGACGAAUUGCCUUAUAACUACCAAGCUAUGUUGUUUUGGGCGGGCCUGCGGGGAGCUGUCGGUGUGGCGCUGGCUGCUCUUCUAAAGGGAAAGAAUUCUUAUGCUUUAAAGGCCACUGUGCUUGUGGUGGUGGUCCUAACUGUGAUUAUCUUUGGCGGCACUACGGCACGAAUGUUGGAGAUAUUGGGUAUCAGGACAGGGGUUGUAGAAGAGGUUGACAGCGACGACGAAUUCGACAUUGAAGCGGCUCCAGGGGGCUCUUAUUAUAAGCGGUCUGGAACCGGAAUUGGGUAUAACCCUAGGCAAAGAAAUGGGUCGGUGCGCCUUGACCGUGUGGAUUCCGGGAGAACUCGGCCAGCCGUAGAGCCAGAACGUGGAAGUUACGUAUCAGGACACCGCUCACCGUCCUUCCCAACGUCGCGCGCUACAAGCUCGAGCCGUAAAGGCUCUCGCCAAGGUGGCCAAGGUGGUGAUGAUAUGGAACGAGCAGAUCUCUUUGGCCGGAAUGGCAGUGUAACCGAUUCCGACCUUGGUAGCGAUAUCGAUACAUCAGAUCUCCCGCCCCCAGCACGUAAAUCUACGCGGAAUAAGUCAAGUCCUAUCCUGACGCCUAGCGCCACGGAGGAUGAGGAAGGAAUAUUUUCAUAUCCCACCUCGGGCCACCGCGAUGCAAUGCCGGUAACUGCCCGGGAAGCGAUCAAGCAGCUAUUUACUACUCAGGAUCCUCAGGCAUUGUUUAGGCAGCUCGACGAGGAUUAUAUCAAGCCUCAUCUUCUCCUGGAUGGAGGGAAUGGCGGCCCAAGUGAUAGAAGAGGGAAUGGAGAAGGAGGCUCCGGAUCGAACUAAAUAUAGACGUUAUGGUAGGAAUUGGACCAAUGACUACUUUACGAGCGAGUACUGUACACUAUUAGAUCAGAGAUUCAUCGGUAUUAUGUGGCGUCCUAGGUAUUGUGUCUGAAGCGUAGUACGCUAUGAGGUAAAAUCUCGGGUUAUUAGCAUCGUGUAAACGUGUAUAUGUAAUGAUCAUUUGGGGUUUACGCAUCAAUGAUGAUACAUACUGCUGUACAUACAACUUGGAACAAGACCUUGGAAUCCCCGGGCCAUGGGAUGUGUACGUACAAAUGUACCUACUAACUCUGUAU